UUGUUAUUUUGUAUUUAAAGCAAUAUUCUUUAUACUGCAAAUGUUAAAGUAUUUGAUUAUUACCAAGAAAAUCUUCUAAUUGUGCCAAAUGAUUCUGUUAAAAGUUUAUGGUCAAAUCAUUUGAAAUUCGUGGAAACAAAAAAAUAUAAUCAAAAAAAGAAAUUGCAAUGAUAACAUUACAAGGCUACGAUUUAAAUUGUACUACAGCGCUUCAAUUCCAUUGAUCCGUUUUAUUUCUGUUAUAUUAUGUACCAUUUGACUUCAUUACUUGUGCAAUAUAUAUUUAUAAAUAUGUCUUGAAAUUGUAAUUUCUAACCAUAAAUACUCGAAUUUCUGUUGUAUAUGGACACCGUAUGAUAUAUGUUCAGGCUAAUGUAACUCUCUCUUUUGUCCACACAGUUUUCAGGAAUUUUUAGCAUGAUUUUGUCAAAAAAUGAGUAGGUGGCUUUAUUCUUGUGGAAUUUGUAUAGUUACUUAAUCAGAUAUAACAAUAUUGACACUAAUUAGUUUUGAAAACUUUAGCUUGCAAUAUAUUGGUCCAUAGACUAUGUGAAAUCAUUGUUUUAUAUGUAUGUGCGGAGGGGAGUUCAUGAAAUAAAUUUUGAAAAUCAUCCUAUGGCCUUUGUUAAUGCAUAAGAAUCUACUCCUUGAUAGUAGGCUAUGUGUUUUUUUUUCAAGUGUUUGGUUUUUAAGAACAUUUGUUAAUCAAGAUUGUUUGGUCAUUAUUUUAUCUUAUUUUCUGUCAUCACCGAUUGAUUUUUCAUCUGUUGGCUGUCGUUUUUUUUUAAUGAUUCUACUUAUAUAAAAUCAGUCAAAAUUAGCUUUAGAAAUAGUAAAAAAUGAGUGCUUUGCGCCUAAGAUGCAAGUCUGAACAUGGGACACAAGUUCUUAACAAUCUUACAUCAUCUUCAACUCUUCUUGAUCUGAUGGAAGCUAUCAAGAAGAUAUGUGAUAUAGAGAUUAACGCACAGAAGAUUCUCUCUGGUUUCCCUCCAAAAUCAAUGAAAUUGGAAGACAAAACAUUGACUUUGGGAUCUUUAUCUAUCAAAUCUGGAGAUACAUUCACGGUGGUAAAUGGGAAUAAAGCAAAAGACACAUCGUCCAAUAAUCCGGAAGCAGACAGGUCCGAUAAACCACAGCCUGGUGUAAGGAGAAAAGAAGUACCUGCGGAUAACUCGUGUCUAUUUUAUAGUGUUUUUUAUGUACUCGAAGGUUUUCUAGAAUACGAAACGGCAAAAAAACUAAGAGCAAAAAUAGCCGAGCAAGUCACCGGUGAUCCAGAGAAAUAUUCAGAAGCAGUUCUUGGGAACACCCAAAUUGAAUAUAGUGCUUGGAUCCAAAGUGAUACAUCAUGGGGAGGUGCAAUUGAGCUUGCAAUACUUUCGGAAAUAUUUAAGGUCGAAAUUGCAGCAGUCGAUAUAAAAUCACUUAGGUUGGACAUAUAUGGCCAAGAUAAAAGUUACAGCAGUCGAGCGUAUUUGAUAUAUGACGGAAUUCAUUAUGAUCCAUUAUAUUUUGAUUCGUGUAAUAAACAACUGCCACUGCAAACUAUAUUUUCAUGUGAGGACCAUGCAAUGUUGACAAAAGUGAUGGAGCUCGCUGAAAUUGCACACAAAGCAAGACAAUUCACUGAUACUGGUAAUUUUACUCUGAUAUGUGUUACUUGCCAGAAAAAAUUGACCGGUCAAAAGGAAGCACAAGAACAUGCAAAACAAACUGGACAUGGUAACUUUUCAGAGUGUUGACAACGAUCUUCGUGGUUAUUAUUCAUAUUCUCACGCUGUGAUAUAAAUACAUCAGAAUAUCGAUGCCUCAUUGCCAGCUAUCAAUUUAGACUCCAAAUAUUACGCAAACUUUGUAUUAUUUAAAAUAUUGGUUGUUCAAUAAUAUUGAGAAACUUUUUUGAUUAUAAAUUGUUCACUUUAAA